CUUAAUGUUAAUUUUAUAAAAAUUAUAAAUAUAAUUUUUUUAUCAUCAGCAGGUUGUUCUUGCAACGUUGCAUUUUCGUCGUACAUGACCGAAGCUAGUGCUAAUUCACAAAGUGCAUCUAUGUCGGACGGUACCACAAUUAAAUUUGACAGAACAGAGGCAAAUUACGGUGCAGGAUACAGUACGAGUACAGGAAAGUUUACAGCACCUUCAUCCGGUGUUUACGGGUUCACUUGGACCUUUUGCGUUGAUUCACGUACUACUGACGGCGGUGCUUUGAAUUACGGAGAAUACGGUACAGAAUUGAUGAGGGCCAAUUCCGUCAUUGGAGUACUACAUACAGAUACGGAAACGAAAUUAGACGACGCAUGCUCAACAGGAUUUGUCAUCAAGUACGUAUCUGAAGGCACGGAAGUUUACGUCAGGAAUAAUUAUGCUCACCAAGGUAAAAUCUUGAGCAAGGAAAAUCAUACCAGAACAACAUUCUCCGGGUGGAAAUUGUAUCAAUAAUAUUUGAAUUUGAUGCUUUGGUGUACCUCCUGAUAUAUU